CGCCUGCGGCAAGUGCUAAAACCAGGAACUGGCUAUGUAGUUUUGACGAAGAAACAAAAACAAAAAAAGAGUAAGCAUACAAUGACACUUCAGCAGGCGCGUAAUAGCAAUAUCGAUCCUCUAGCUCUUGAUGAAACUGAAGAGGAAAUUAUAGAUCAAGAGCAAAGGGACACUUGGGACAGUGAGCCGUUAUCACAGAUCCCCUUCAAAAUUCUUCAAGGCCAUUCUGAAGCUGUUAGUGGCUGCCAUUUCUGCUUUGAUGAUGCAAGAAUAAUUACUUGUUCUCAUGAUGGUACAGUAAAACUCUGGGAUAUUCCCAACUGUACCCCUGUGUGUACCUUUGAUGGUGGACAUACGUCUCCAAUCACUGAAUGUUGCAUAAGUUCUGAUAACAAAAGGUUGAUAACAUCAUCGUGGGAUAAAACAGUUAAGGCAUGGGAUGUGGAAACUGCAAAGGUUCUGUGGACUGCACAUCUUGCAGGCCUUGUUACAUCAUGUGAUAUUUCUCUUGAUGGCAAAUUUGUUGCAGCAGGUUCUGAUGUAGAAAACGGAGUGUUGAUUGUAGAUGCUACAAAUGGCAAGUAUGUGUCAAAACUUAAAGAUCACCAUUUGAGUACUGUUACCAGCUGCCGUUUUGACCCAGACAUACAGCGUGUAGCAUCUGUGUCUGCUGAUAAAGCAGUCAAACUUUGGGAUAUGAUAGCCCAGAAGACUACUAUUACAUUAAUGAACAAACACAGCAAUGUGAUUUCAGACUGCUGUUUCAGUAUGAAUGGACGUUUCUUAUGCACAGCAUCAUGGGACAAAACUUUACUUUUAUGGGAUAUCAAGACUGGAAAGUUUCGUUCUUCUGGCCCUGUAAUUCUGAGUAAUGGGCAUGAAGGCUCAGUCAGUUCCUGUGUUUUUUCAAAAGAUGCAUCUGUGGUAGUAUCUGGUGCCUACGACAGAACAGUGUCUAUCUGGGAUACUGAAGGAGAAUGUAAGAAGCUCACACUGAAGGGACAUCAGGACUGGGUGAUGGAUGUUGCAGUAAGUACUGAUAAGAACUGGAUUCUGUCUUCUUCAAAGGACUGCACUAUUAGACUGUGGAAUAUUCAGAAAUCAGACCAUAUCCGUGCAGUUAUAGAAACCAGAAGAGUGAUGGGCCUGAAAAUUAUUCAGUGUGAAGAAUGCCAAAAGCCAUUCUGUAUAUCACAGCUUAUAGAUGCAGAUGUUAUUACCACAUGUGUUUUUUGUCGACUGGCCUCCCCGACUCGAAACAUAUUUCCAUCUCCUCCUUUCAGCUGAUACUAGCAACAGUUAAACAGCUUUGCACCUGUGAUGCAAAACCAUGUAGUGGCAGGCAUGGGAAAAGAAGGAACAAUUUUACUUCCCCCUCCAGGGAAAAUAUAGAUUGAUACACUAUUUAUUAGAGCAAAAUAAUAUCAUUUUAUUAAUAAAAGUAUUAGUAUAUGCAUGUUAUUUGAAUUAUUUAUAAUUAAACCUAAUUUCUAAUAAAAUA